UUUUGAUUUUUCAUAAGCGACAACAACAGCAAAGAAAAAUUGCGCUGGGCCGUAAACAAACUUGCCCAACCUCAACUCAACUUUGUGCAGUGAUCUGGACAUUGGUGAAUUGACCAAUUCUCGAAGAAUCAAGCUCUGCGCCAUGAAUUCAAGCCAGAACAAGACUGACAAGCGGGAAAUCGAAGCCUUGGAGGCCGCUGAGACGAAAAGACCGUGCUCUGCGAAUGAUAGUGGGGCCAGCGAUGCCGGUGAUGGGCAGGACGACAGUAGGCGGACCACCCGUCGCAAAAAGGGCAAAUCCAGUGAAGAUACUGAUUCUAAGGCGUCAAGUGAAAAAUCUGAUAAAGGCAAGGUUGAUCCGAUGAAGAAGGACCCAGACUCCGCCACAGUUUUGAACACUGUCAAAUCUGAAAAGGAUGAUGAUGGAGAACAGGAUUCAGAACAAGAUGACCCAACUGGUGUGUCACUACCUGGUCUCGAAGGAGCAGCUUUCCAAAGCCGUUUGCCGUUUGACAAAAUGACAGCAACAGAAGCAGCUUGCUUUCCUGACGUGUCUGGAGGCCCACCUCAAACACAAAAAGUUUUUUUGCACAUAAGAAAUCGACUGUUGCAACUCUGGCUGGACAACCCAAAGCAGCAGUUGCUCUAUGAGAACGCCCUUCCCCAAGUGGAGGCUCCUUAUAACAGUGAUGCCCCAUUUGUGAUGCGCGUCCACAGCUUCCUUGAGAGACACGGCUUCAUAAACUUUGGCAUUUUUAAACGCUUGAAACCGCUGCCUGUUGUGAAGCAUGGAAGGGUUAUAGUAAUUGGAGCAGGUAUUGCAGGGCUGGCUGCUGCCCAACAGAUGCAGCAGUUUGGCAUGGAAGUAAUUGUGUUAGAGGCCAGGGACCGAGUUGGUGGCCGCAUUGCAACUUUCAGGAAAUCCAGUUAUAUAGCUGAUCUUGGUGCAAUGGUAGUCACUGGACUAGGUGGCAAUCCUGUCACAGUCUUGUCCAAACAAAUCAAUAUGGAAUUGCACAAAAUUCACCAAAAGUGUCCUCUCUAUGAGUCUAAUGGCAGCACUGUUCCUAAAGACAAAGAUGAAAUGGUGGAGAGGGAAUUCAACCGUUUGCUUGAGGCUACAAGCUACCUGUCUCAUCAGCUUGACUUUAACUAUGCUGGAAAUAGACCAGUUUCCCUUGGACAGGCUCUGGAGUGGGUGAUCAAGCUGCAAGAAAAAAAUGUGAAGGAGAAACAAAUUCAACAUUGGAAAGCAGUUAUUGGCUUACAAGAGCGUCUAAAAUCAAAUCAAGUCAAGAUGGUAUCCACACAAGAAAAAAUUGAAGAUUUACACAAGCAAUGUCAGGAGUUCCACAAUAGACCUGGGAAGGAUAUAACUGCUGAAUUUGAAGCAAGGUCAAAGCUCAGGGAUUUGAGCCACGCCUGCCGUGCAUGGGAUCAGCUUCUUGAGCAACAGAAAGAAAUUGAAGAGAAACUGCAAGAACUAGAAGCUUCACCACCCAGUGAUGUCUAUCUGUCUUCAAGAGACCGCCAAAUUUUGGACUGGCACUUCGCCAACCUGGAAUUUGCCAAUGCCACACCUCUAUCCAACCUGUCUCUCAAGCAUUGGGAUCAAGACGACGACUUUGAGUUCACAGGGAGUCAUCUAACAGUGCGCAACGGCUACUCGUGCGUGCCCGUGGCGCUGUCCGAGGGCCUGGACAUCAAGCUCAACACGGCGGUGCGCCACAUCCGGUACAACGCCACCGGCGUCGAGGUGGUCACGUCCAACUCGAGGAACCACAGCAACGCCGUAUCCUACAAGGCCGACGCGGUGCUGUGCACGCUGCCGCUGGGCGUGAUGAAGCAGAGCACGGCCCCGCAGGCCGCCUCCAUCCCCAACACGGUGCAGUUCACGCCGCCGCUGCCCGAGUGGAAGGUGGCCGCCAUCCAGCGGCUGGGCUUCGGCAACCUCAACAAGGUGGUGCUGUGCUUCGAGCGCACCUUCUGGGACUCCAACGCCAACCUGUUCGGCCACGUGGGCAGCACCACCACGAGCAGGGGCGAGCUGUUCCUCUUCUGGAACCUGUACCGCGCCCCGGUGCUGCUGGCGCUGGUGGCGGGCGAGGCCGCCGCCAUCAUGGAGAACGUGAGUGACGACGUGAUCGUGGGCCGCUGCAUCGCCGUCCUCAAGGGGAUCUUCGGCAACACGCAGGUCCCGCAGCCCAAGGAGACGGUGGUGACCCGCUGGCGGGCUGACCCUUGGUCCAGGGGCUCGUACUCCUUCGUGGCGGUGGGCUCCUCCGGCAGCGACUACGACGUGCUGGCCGCCCCCGUGACCCCUCCCUCGGCCACGGCCGCUGCCGCCGCGGCCGCCAACAGCACGGCGUCGCCCGGAUCCACCGCGCAGCCGCCUAACCCACCGCCCAGGCUGUUCUUCGCAGGCGAGCACACGAUCCGGAACUACCCGGCCACGGUGCACGGCGCGUUCCUGUCCGGACUCCGGGAGGGCGGCCGCAUCUGCGACCAGUACAUCGGCUGCCCCUACGCGCCGCCCGCGUCGGCCACCCCCACCACCGCAGCCCCCGCCGCCCCCGGGACGCCCGUGGCGCCUCCGGCUGCAGCCGCCGCCGCCGCAGCGGCCGCCUCCCCCAGCAAGAGUUCCACGCCGUCGGUGGCCUGA